CACUAUUACUUAUUACUGCAACUUUGGUUACUGCUGUGGCUACUAAUCAUCCUAUCAUUACUACUGCCACUACUACUGUUCCUACAACCGAAAUUCCUCCUCCCACCACCUCUCCUCCUCCACCAAUUCUAACACCACUCCUCCCACCUCUCUCACUUCCAUCACCACCUCCCCUCCAUCUCUUCCCUUGGCCACCAUCCCAAUCCCACCCCCAGUUCCAUUUGCUGUCACGAGGCUGCUUUCCUACAGCCCUCAUCCUACCUCCGAUCGCGUCGUCCUUCUUAUCCCAAUGCCCCCAGCCCAGCCCGAGAGGGCAAUCGAUCGGGAAGAGCGUCAGGGCCUGCGUGCCAUCCGCAACUUCCUCAAAGUCCGCAACAGCUACGAUGUUCUCCCCCUUAGUUUCCGCCUCAUAAUUUUCGACACCUCGUUGUCGGUGAAGGAGAGUUUAAAUAUCCUGAUUCAGAAUGGUAUCGUUUCAGCGCCCUUGUGGGAUUCCAAGUCCUCUACCUUCGCCGGUCUCCUGACGACCUCCGACUACAUUAAUGUCAUUCAGUACUACUUCCAAAACCCGGCCGCUCUUGACCAGAUUGAUCAGUUUCGGCUGGAUAGUCUGCGAGAGGUGGAAAAGGCGCUGGGUGUUGCCCCCCCCGAAACGAUUUCCAUCGACCCCGAGCGACCACUGUACGAGGCCUGCAGGCGUAUGCUUGAGUCCCGAGCCAGAAGGAUUCCUCUCGUCACAAAUGACAGCCAAACCGACCGAGCUCUUGUCCUGAGUGUCAUUACCCAAUACCGUAUCCUCAAAUUCGUCGCCGUCAACGUCGGCGACACGCAGAAGUUAAAGAAACCGUUAGGAGAGAUUCAACUAGGCUCUUAUCAUAAUGUCGCAACGGCUUCAAUGGACACCCCGGUUAUCGAUGUGAUUCACAUUCUGGUCGAGCGGAGCAUCUCAAGUGUGCCAAUUGUGAAUACAGAAGGCGUUGUAUACAAUGUUUUCGAGGCUGUAGAUGUGAUUACGUUGAUCAGGGGCGGCGUGUACGAUGAUCUAGGUCUUACAGUUGGAGAAGCCCUAAAAAAGCGACCUACGGACUUCCCUGGAAUUUACACCUGCUCUCUUAACGAUGGCCUGGAUACAAUCUUCGAUACAAUUCGCAAGUCCCGUGUGCACCGCUUGGUCGUGGUGGAUGACAACUUCCGACUAAAAGGCGUGCUCACCCUAAGCGAUAUUCUACAAUAUAUACUCCUAGAAGGCGAAGGCGACGGCGACGAAACUUCAUAAUUUAUAGCAGACUUGACCCGCUCCACAUAAACUACAACUUGCAUAGGAUGGCGUUUUGUUUCAUUGCGAGGAUCAGCCUUACGACAACCUCCGACAUGGCCUGUCGACGGACGAAUGGCUGGCUCCACCUAUGUCCUCCCCCCCCCUUCAUAAUUGCUUUCCUUGUUUGCUUCAGAUUUUACAGCUCAAGAGAAGAGGUAUUGUAUGGUUCUAAAAUUUCCGGGGUUUCCCCAAUCAACAAUCUACACUCGGCGUUCCACUUGACAACAAUAGAUUUCUAUUAUUUGUACGACAGCUUUCACUGAUGAUUUAUGGCCUCUCUUCCUGUUCUAUUAACCAAUUCCCGAUGCGUUUCUUG